AUGGCGCCCACCGAAGAGGAGAAAAAGGACGACCAGGACCGUUUUGUCAAUGGCUUUGCCUUCUUCCGCAAGUUAGAUGACAUCUACGCCUGGGAGCCAAAGGAUGCAGACGUCUUGCAGAUUGCAAACACACCUCUCUACAAGCGGCCCACCGGAGGUGAUCAGAGCAAAUGCAAGAUUCUCGUCAUGCAUGACUACAGGGGCAAUUACCUCCCCUAUGAAGCCUCUCAGGGCUUGACACAGCCUCGGAAAGAUUAUAUUAUGGAGUAUUGGCAGCAUGUUGAGAUCUUCAAUUACUUCUCGCAUCGACGGGUCACGAUCCCUCCACCAGCCUGGAUCAAUGCCGGUCAUAGGAAUGGGGCGCUCGUCUUGGGAACUUUCAUCAUCGAGCCUUUCAGCCAAGAGGAUCCUAAAAGGAUCUUCCACACGUAUUCGCCAACGCCUGCUAAAAUGCCCUAUCGUCUCCCUGACAUCCUGGCUGAAAUGGCGAGCGUCUACGGCUUCGAUGGAUGGCUUCUGAAUUUCGAAAGCAUGAUCGUGGACGGCGCAGAUUUCCAAGAGGAUGCGAACGGCAAGCAGCUCACGAGACAUGAUAAGUGGUCCGACUUUAGUCAAGACGUGCUCAAGACCUGGGUGGCGCAAUUGAAAACCAGGUUGGCCCAAAAAGUCCCACAUGGCAAGGUUAUUUGGUACGAUGCACUGACAAAGAAAAAUAAGGACUACGGCUCUAUGAACGUACUAAACACUUUCAAUGAUCCAUAUCGCGAUGCAGCUGGCUCGAUCUUGAUCAACUACUUCUAUGCGAAUCACGAGCUUGACGCCACGAUCAAAAUGGCAGGGGCGAAACUGGAUACUGUAUAUCACGGCGUUGAUUGUUGGGCACAAACGAACGACGACAUGAAAAACACCUAUGAUCCGGAUUCAGGCCGCCGCACUGCGGGAUUCAGAGAAGAUGGCCAGCUAGAACUUAGAAGGGGAACUGGCCAUGGCGGUACAGCCACCGGCCGGUUUGUCGGCUUCAUCGCUGAGAAGUUGGAUGCAGCGAGGAAAGCCGUCAACGAUGCUUCCACGAAGCCCGGUGGCGCUGGCGUGGGACUCUUCGCACACGGCUGGGCUUAUGAGCAUUUCAUGCCAGGGACCUCCGUGGAUCGUUUCAUGUGGGAAGGCGAACCGAAUUUGACACCGUUGACUGACCCCACAGAUAAGCGUCGUAUGCCUGCCAGCGUAUGGAAGCAGAAACAAGACCUUCGGAGAACCCAGGACAUUGGGUGGCAAGCUGAAUUCGAUUGUCCGUGCAGCCACAGCAUCGUUCAACACCUUUGGCGGCACCCACCCACGGCUAUGGACUUCAAGGACUGGGGCAUCGUCAAAUCAGCUCUGGAGUACCCUGCUGGCACGAAAAGCUUCUUUCACACCGACUAUACAGAGCCGGUCAUCGACCAGUCGGGCCAACAGUAUAGAUACCGACUUGGUCAGCAAUCAGUACUGCCUAUCCCUGGGCGACGUAAGCGGGCGCUCAAUUUCACCAACGCUGGGGAAUCGAGUGGAGAGUUGGAAGCUGUGAUGUCUACGAAAUGCACGCUGCGCAUCAAUCUUCAGAAUAAAGGCAUCAAUGAUCAGUCUAAAGUGAGCGGGUCACUUGUGUUGCACCAGCUCAACAUUGAUGCUGCUUUGAAACCGGAAAUUACUCUCGUCUACAGAAGGCUCAUGGAUACAACAGGCCUACCCAUCCAGCUUUGUGCCAGAAAUGGUGCUCAUGAUGAGCAUUACACUCUUUCGGGGAAGGCCUCCCUGGCUGGACAAAAUGAGACUUUAACGCAGUCGAUCCCCUUGAGGAACACCCAGGACUUCGUUCAGGACAUCCGCAUAACCAUGGACAAUGCGCCCGCAAACACCCUUGCUAGCUUGACCAAGGACGGCGUGGCGGAUCUCAUCGAGAUCAUCAGCCUGACCAUCAAGCCGCAAGAUCACAACUACCCCGACAACAAAAUUACGAAAGCUACCCUCGAGAAGAAGACAGGUAAAACGGGAAGCUACACUCGCCUGAUGUGGACCCUUGCGAAUGACCUCAAUCCCCCCAAACCCCUACCGAACACCACACCUACAACCACACCUAGAAUUCUACCCCUGAGCCCGACCACUAUGCAGUUUUCGCACUUCCAUGUCCGGGCAAACGGUAGAUUCUUGGGUGUGGCCUAUACCUUGGGGUUCCCAAUCAGCGAGGAGGAAAUCAAAAGCUGGCCCGCGGGAAAGGUACACUUUCAGAUCCGUGGCAUCGCCUUCGAUGGGAGUUACAAGGAUUCAGGCGGUUGGGAGGGUGAUUUGGUGCUGCCAGCGUGA